AUGGCGAAGAUGUUGGAUCUUUCCGAGGAUUUGGCAAGAGAGAUACUCUCUAGGAAUCGAUUAACAUCUCAGAGAUCGGUGCGAUCUACUUGCAAAUUAUGGAACGCUUUAUCGAAACCAGCAACAUCGAACCAGCUUCUAGGGUUCAUGACGAUGAAUUCAAAGGUUUGUGCCUUGACAUACGAAAAAUCUUUCGUUGAUCCAGUGAUAAACCAAGUAAGUCCACUUGAUCACUUUGAGAAAUCUAAAACCUCUUACUGCGACGGAUUAUUGUUACUUGUCACCAAAGACACGAGGCUCUUGGUAUGGAGCCCGUAUUUGAAUCAACUCGUGAGCAUCCCACCAAGAAACAGUUACAGCAGAUUAGACCGGUAUGCUUUCGGUUACGACAACAACAACAACAAGAACCGUAACCACAAGAUCUUGAGGUUUAUAGAUGAUCACUUCUUCACUGACGGACUCGAAAAACACGCUUUUACGUACCAAAUCUUCGAUUUCGCCUCUAAUUCAUGGAAGGUUCUUGAUGUCACUCCGGAGUGGAAUAUAAAACCUUAUCAACGUGGUGUGUCUUUGAAAGGAAAUGCUUACUUUUUUGCUCAGGAGAAAAUCGCAAGAGUGACACCGGGAGGGAUUCAGGAUUUUUUACUAAGUUUUGAUUUUACAAGCGAGAGAUUUGGUCCACGCUUGCCUCUGCCUUUUCACUCUUAUGCCGAAGACUCUGUGGAUUUUUCUUUCGUUAGAGAAGAGAAGCUCUUGGUUUUAUAUCAGAGCAAGAAGUUUCUUGAUACAAUGGAGAUUUGGGUUACCACCCAGAUCGAGCACGAUGACGUGUCCUGGAGAAAGUUCUUGAGAGUUGAUAUGAAACCACUCUCUCGUUUUCAGUUUGACUUCAAAAGUGGGAGUUUCUUCAUUCACGAGGAGAAGAAACUCGCUGUGGUUUUCGAUCUAGACGGAUAUAAACCGACAGAGACUCGUCGCUACCAAAGAGCUCACAUCAUUGGAGAAGAUGGAUAUUACAAAACUGUGAAUAUUAAACAAGCUACGGAUCUUGGUAGGUUUGGAUAUACUCAGCCCAUAUAUUGUGUCCAACUGUGUGUUCUUCUUCUUAUGGUCCAAGCUUAG